CGCUAAGCAACCCCGGGACGCGGGACCAAUGCACCGGCUGCUGCACUGCGGCACCGGAAAAGCGGAAUCAACGCAACAGAAGAUUUGGGGACGUUACAACGACUGGCGACAUGAGUCGUUACUGCACCCUGAACAACAACUUCCCCAAUGACAACCAGCUCCUGGUCCUGGACAUGGUGCUGAGCUCUCUCUGGAGCGUUCCACAGCCCGUCAACUGGGACAACGUGGCCAUGCUGGUCCCUGGCUUCACACCCAAGGAGUGUGCGCAGAGGUUCGAGGAGCUGAAGAGCACCGGAGGGUUCCAUCACGUGGACGACCAAUGCAACGCGCUGACGGCAGGAGGAUCCUCCCCUGUGGACUCGCUGGCCACCUACAUCAAAUCCACACUAUUGGACACCACGGGAGACGUGGAGGAGACGCGGACCAAUCAGAGCUCCAUCUCAGUGACGGGCCUGGCGGUGAACCCUUCAAGAGGUAGCUCGGUGGAGAAAGAGGAGUCUGCAGAGGAGGGCGAGAAGCCCCAGGAGGGGAAAGGGCCCAAUAUGGUGAUCCACGUGUGUGACGAGGCUAAGAACCUGAAGCAGGACUUCAUGUGUCCCCGUGACCUUCUGAUCAACGAGAUGCGUUACUUUGCUGAGUACCUCUCUGUUGACCUCCAGCGCUGGGAGGAGGUGGACAUCUCUGUGCACUGUGACGUGCAGAUCUUCGACUGGCUCAUGAACUACGUCAAGAGGCACAAAAUGGCCGUCGAUGGCAACAAUGACAAACCCAAACUCGAGCCCAGCAAUGUGAUCUCAAUCCUCAUCUCCUCCGAGUUCUUGAAGAUGGACACGUUAGUGGAGGAGUGUAUUCAGUACUGUCACAAGCACAUGAGUGCCAUCGUGGCCACACCCUGCAACAUGAACUGCAUCAACAGUAACAUGGCAGCGGACAUCUCUGACCUCUUCAGCCACAACGAGGCAGACGACAUCAUGGACAGAAAAGACAAGUUCAAAAGUAAGUUAUUCCAGAAGAAAAUUGAGUGUCUCUUCGAUCCUGACUAUAAGAACCAGGACUCCCCAGGCAACGCAUCGACUCUGUACAGAUGUUGUCUGUGCCUGAAACUGCUGACCAAGGACACAGAGAGGAAGAUCUCCUGCAUCCCAGGGAAGAUCAACAUCGACCCUCGAGGAGACAUCACCUACACUCACAGCAGGCAGAAGAGAUGGGAGGUCCAUGAUUACAUGACCGGACUAUAUGAGGAGCUGAAGUCCUGGGUGCUGGUCUACUGGAGGAUCUGGGGAACCAUCAACCACCUCACCUGCUCCCACUGCCAACAGGCGUUUGUGUGUGCAGAGCUGUCCCACUGUCGAUAUCACCCAGAGGUUGUGGUGUACCCGGGCAUGGGGACAGAGCAGGGCUGGCACGGGACGGGCAUCUACCCCUGCUGCAACCAGAGGACACUACGCUUUGACCCCACCGGCAUGCCCAAGGGCUGUAAGAUGCGGGACCACAUAGUGAAUGCGUCAGACAGUGGAGACUGUACUGGGGACCACCAGGUAAACUCAGCCCAGACCAGACUACUCAACGACCUGCUACUACACAGAGAGGCAGUGUGUGUCCCCAACACACCCCUACCAGAGACAGGGCCUGUAGACUCCCCCUCCAGUGGUUCAGAGAGGGGGGAGAGAGGGGAGAGAGGGGAGCGGGUACUGGACUGUGACAUCCUGGUAGAGCCGGGGCUUCAGAGAGUAGAGGGCACCACCUUUUCCCUGUUGAAAAACUGGAGCCGGCAACUGAGGCAGCAGACGCUGCUUUCUGAGGAUGAGGAGUAUACCACGGGGUCAGAGGUCACUGAGGAUGAGGUGGGAGAUGAAGAGGAGGCCAGCAAGAAACAAGCUGCUAAGAAGGCCAAGAAGUUGAGCAAACCUUUGAAGAGGCAGAUGUCUUCACCUAAUUUCCAUCGCAAAGAGAAAGCAGUGGAGAAAACCCCUUCGAGGGACAACACUCCAUUCAGAGUGAGUGCCCAGAAGAGUAAAUGGGACAGCUCUCGCUCCAUCCGCUACAACCAAGAUGCCCAAAGAGAGGAAGACCAGCGGCGUAUGGUGGAGAUCAUUGGUCAUCUGAAAGAUCAGGAACAGAGAAAGUCCAAGGACACUAAAGAGCGUGCAGCAGGGAUCUACUCCAGGCUAGAGGCCCAGUUCAAGUCCUCCUCCCAGGCCAGUGGACGACAGAGUGGCCCUGAGAAAACCCUCAGAGGGAAGCCACGCUUCAGCCAAGCUCGGACCACAUAGAUACUGGAACAGGAAGAGGGAGGAAGAGGGAGGAAGAGCGGAGGACCACAUAGAUACUGGAACGAGAAGAGGGAGGAAGACAGGAGGAAGAGCGGAGGACCACAUAGAUACUGGAACGAGAAGAGGGAGGAAGAGCGGAGGACCACAUAGAUACUGGAACGAGAAGAGGGAGGAAGACAGGAGGAAGAGCGGAGGACCACAUAGAUACUGGAACGAGAAGAGGGAGGAAGAGCGGAGGACCACAUAGAUACUGGAACGAGAAGAGGGAGGAAGAGGGAGGAAGAGCGGAGAACCACAUAGAUACUGGAACGAGAAGAGGGAGGAAGACAGGAGGAAGAGCGGAGGACCACAUAGAUACUGGAACGAGAAGAGGGAGGAAGACGGGAGGAAGAGCGGAGGACCACAUAGAUACUGGAACGAGAAGAGGGAGGAAGAGCGGAGGACCACAUAGAUACUGGAACGAGAAGAGGGAGGAAGACAGGAGGAAGAGCGGAGGACCACAUAGAUACUGGAACGAGAAGAGGGAGGAAGACAGGAGGAAGAGCGGAGGACCACAUAGAUACUGGAACGAGAAGAGGGAGGAAGACAGGAGGAAGAGAGGGAGGAAGAGAGAGAUCCUCAUGUGAGAACUCAGUGGAUCAAACUGACCCAAAUGGGUCCUGGCAACCUGGCAGCAGCUAAACCUCUCAACCCCACCUUGCUUGCUCCACUGUGCCCCUGGUAAUAUUUGUGCCUGUAUUCAUAACGAGCCUAAGAGUAGGAGUGCUGAUCUGGGAUCAGUUUGUCUUUUUAGAACAUACUUUAGAACAUACUGAGUGGACAGGGGAGACCUGAUCCUAGAUCAGCCCUCCUACUCUGAGACACUUGAUAAAUACAGGCCCUGGUCCUGCAUUGGUUGUCUUUAGUUCAGGAGGCCUGGUUUUGCCGUAGGGCUUUGUAGCCCACUUAGAACCCAGUCCAGCCCGUCUGACUCUGGUGACUUUGUAACGAUCACAUCUCCUACCUCCCAUUAACUGUAUAUUACAAUGCAAUAGGUCACCUAGCUCUAAACCUGUAUGCCAUAGAAUAUAAUAUACUUUAACAUAGAAGCUACCUUGUGGUGAGUAAUAGGAGUGGUUAGCAGUAGGUAGAGGAUGGUGAAUGAAAUGCCCGUUGUUUCUAUUUCUAUAUCUGUCUGUGUUGGCAGUAUCGCACAGUACUGGGACUAAGAGGACAUGGGUGGACUAGGCAGUCAGAAAUAAAAGUUACAUUCCCACCAUU